CAACGGAGCGCGGACUGCGUUAUCCUCGAAGAAGAAGCGAUGGCGACGAAACGGCGAUGGCGAAGCCGGGUCUAGUGGAGAAGAAGAAACGACAAAGACGAACUGUAAGACUUGUAGUGUGGGAAGGGCGGCUGACUGGCUGGCCGAAUGGGGUCCCGGAGUUGGGUCGAUCCUUCAUGGCGUUCAUGAGUGAGACUCUCACCGUCGAUUUCCAUUGCUGCUGCUGCUGGUGCUGCUCUCCGCUGGGUCACAGUCCACGUUGUUUCUUUGUCGGAAAGGGGGGGUCGAGGAAUCGGUGCUAGGCGACUGUGAGCGCUGUCCGUCGUCAUCAACCUCUGGGGAGGCUGCAACUGGAUGGAACCUGCUGAAUUGUGUUUUUUGGCGUCGAGGUUAUAUCCUCAUGGCAUGGAUUCUGGGGAGGAUGGGUUCCUGGAAGUUCUGAGAGCGAUUUAAGGAAGUUUGGAGCUGCUGCAGUGUUUAGGUCUGGUAUUUUGAAGAGGCGAAGAGGAAGUGGUGUUGCUGCUGGGGGAACAUUUUUAUAUUUUCAAGAUGGUGAGGGAAAGUACGGCAUUGGUGGCGACCAAAUGGGUAGGUUUAGUUGCAGGUAUGUGGGUGCAAGCUUCGGCUGGAAACGCUUACAUGUUCUCAUUUUACUCUCCAACUCUUAAGUCCGUGCUUAACUACAACCAGCUACAGCUGAACAACUUGGGUGUGGCCAAAGACAUCGGUGAAAACGUGGGUCUCCUCGCUGGCCUCCUCUGCAACAAGGUUCCUGCAUGGACCCUCUUGUUCAUCGGAGCUCUCUCUGGAUUCUUUGGUUAUGGCACUAUGUGGCUUGUCGUGAGCGAGCAGAUUCCGCCAUUACCAUACUGGCAGAUGUGUGUUAUUCAGUGCAUUGGCAGCAAUUCGACGACAUGGUUCAACACAGCGGUCCUAGUCACAUGCAUGCGCAAUUUUCCGCAUUCCCGUGGCACCGUGGUUGGCAUCCUCAAAGGUCUCGUGGCCCUCAGUGCGGCCAUCUUUGCGCAAAUCUACACAUCUCUCUUAACAGACGAUACCAACAUGCUCCUACUCUUCCUCACACUGGUUCCCACGGUAGUGUGUCUUGGAUCUAUGGCAUUUGUUCGGCCCGUACCUGCUGCUGGGAAUGUUAGAGAUCCGGAGGAAAGCCACUAUUUUCACUACGUAACUGCUGUCUGUGUCGCACUGGCGGGUUAUCUUCUUGCCGUCAACCUCACCGAAGAGUUUGUGAAAACCAAUAGAUUCACUGCUGUAAUUUUCGCAGCUAUCAUGGUGAUGUUCUUAAUCGCUCCUCUUGCUAUCCCCAUCAAGACUCUUUCCGCGGAGUGCUGUGGAAUCAGUCCAAUUGGAGAGGACACACCCCAAGGUAUCCAGAAGCCUCUUUUGAAGGAGACUAAUGAGACGAAUAUUUCAAGCUCACACUCAGCUUUGAUAAUCAGAGGUGCAGACGAAGAUGGUGCUUAUGGGAGACCCGUUGAAGGAAUUAUGAGUCCUAGACAAUCAAAUCCUAGCGCCCUGCACCACGAAGAAAAAGGAAAAAAAGUGACACUUCACGAAGACAUUGUGGCAAAAUUAUCGCAAGAGGAGGAUGCAGAGACUCUUCUUGUUGUCGGAGAAGGUGCAGUGAAGAGACCUAAAAGAAAACCUAGGCGGGGAGAAGACUUUAAUCUUAGACAAGCACUAGUAAAGGCAGAUUUCUGGAUCCUCUUUUUUACAUUUUUCUGUGGAGUUGGGACCGGAGUAACCGCAAUCAACAAUCUAGGGCAGAUUGCUGAGGCACAAGGGUACCACAACGUGAACAUUUUUGUCUCUUUGAUCAGUAUUGCAAAUUUUCUCGGACGUCUUGGAGGAGGCUCUUUGUCAGAGCACCACGUAAGGAAAGAUGCAGUUCCUAGGACCUUGUGGUUGGCUUUAGCUCAGAUCACCCUCGUAUUCGUGCACCUAAUGUUUGCGUCUGCAUUACCUGGCACGCUUUACGUUGGCUCUGUGCUGCUGGGAUUGUGCUACGGCAUUCAUUUCUCCAUUAUGGUGCCCACAGCAUCUGAGCUUUUUGGUCUCAAGCACUUCGGCAUGAUUUACAAUUUUCUGACAAUUGCUAGUCCCCUUGGUUCGUUUUUAUUUUCUGGGCUGAUUGCUGGGUACUUGUACGACAUAGAAGCUGCCAAAGACUCGGGAGGAAGCCAACUCUUCGGAAAGGAAGUUUGUAAUGGCGCUCAUUGUUUCCGACUGACUUUCUAUGUCAUGGCAGCAGUGAGCGCUUCUGGGGCGCUAAUGACAACUGUAUUAACUUAUAGGAUAAGAAGUGUGUACUUUGCUCUGUACAGGAAAUCUCCUCAUCCUUCUGCUUCUGACCUGAAGUCGCUGGAAUGAGACUGUCAUUUUAGAGAACUUGAGCUCGUUGAGGGCAUUUGUUUAGUCUCAAGGAAGCAAAUCAAUAGAGAUAUGGAUACAAGGUUUUGAGCACGUUGUUGUGAAAGAGCUAGUUUUAGGGAUAGGCUCCUGUUUAAUGCACGUUGCUGAAAGUAACAUGUUAGAUCAUAACAUUCAUCAAAUGUAUCGAUUGUUUUCCCGUUUUCACUUGGUUA